AUGGUCUUUUUUAAAAUAUAAUCUUAAUUAAAAUUGCUUAGAAACAAUCGAUCAAAAUAAAGUUCAACGAAUUAAAAAACCAGCAAAUAUUAAACACACUCGAAUGGAUUGAAAAAAAAUCUAUCCAAAAAUUUAAUUGAUCUACUUACAAUUCUACUAAUUAUACGUAUUUUGUUGUAGAAAAAGAUUUUAAAUCAAAUAGUAUUAAUCACAACUUUGAAUAUUAAUCAAUUAGUCAAUCAAUAAUUUUUUUUACAUAAAUUAAUUCUGUCAUCAUUUCAACUCACCAACUUUUUUUUUUUGCUUCUUACCCAAUCUAAUUAAAAUUUUACUUCUUUCAAAGCUUUUGAAAGUAAAUUAAAGGGUGAUUGA